CGCGCGAUUCACUAACGGCCACCACACCGCACGCGAUUCCCUUCAUCAUCUCUCCCCUGUCCUCCUUAAUCGUUCGCCGCCGCUGUUCAUGAAAUACCAUAAUUUCAGGCAAGGAGCUCUGUAAUGGCAAUCAGAGCAUUCUCCUCCAAAUUCCAGGUCUCCAUUUCACUUUUAUGCCCUUUCUUAAGAAUCGGUAUUUUCGUUCACCAACGCCCAUUCAGUUCUCUCGCUACAGCAACAACCGCAGGAUUAGACUCACCACUUCCAUUUCUCGUCAGUGAGAUAUCUCGCAUCCUCAGCGAUCGCAGAAGCCCUCACCAUGACUUGGAGUUCGCUCUCUCCUCUUUCUCCUCCAAUGUAUCGUCCGAUCUCGUCGAGCAGGUUCUCAAAAGGUGCAAGAAUAUCGGAUUCUCUGCUCACAGAUUCUUCCUCUGGGCUAAAAGAAUUCCGGGUUUCGAACCCAGCGCCGAUAGCUAUCGCAUUCUCGUUGACAUCUUGGGAAGCAGUGGGCAAUUUGCUAUUUUGUGGGAUUUUCUUAUAGAAAUAAGGGAGACUCAAUGUGCUGUAAUCAAUCGGGAACUUUUCUGGCUUGUUUUCAGAGCUUAUAGUAGAGCUGACUUGCCUGAAGAUGCUGUUCGAGCUUUCAAUCGAAUGGUAGAGUUUGGGAUAAGACCUGGAGUUGAUGAUCUUGAUCAGCUCUUGUAUGUUCUAUGUAAGAGGAAACACGUUGCUCAUGCCCAGCAGUUUUUUGAUAAAGUUAAGAGUGAGUUCAAUCCGAGUGUGAAAACGUAUAGCAUUUUGACAAGGGGGUGGGGAGAUGUGGGUGACUCAGGCAAUGCCCAGAAGGUGUUUGAUGAAAUGCGGGAACGAGGUUGUUUGAUAGAUGUGCUUGCUUACAAUAGUCUCUUGGAAGCUCUGUGCAAAGCUGGGAAAAGGGAUGAAGCGCACAAAAUGUUUCAAGAAAUGGGUUCAAAUGGCGUCACCCCGGAUGCAGGUACGUAUUCGAUUUUCAUCCGCUCGAGCUGUCAAGAGAACGAUUUGCAUACGGCUUAUAGGGCCUUAGAAAGAAUGAAGAAACACAACCUUUUCCCUAAUGUGUUUACUUACAACUGGGUCAUCAAGAAGCUUUGUAAAGAUCAAAAGGUGGAACAAGCCUACGAACUUUUGGAUGAAAUGAUUGAGAGUGGAGUUACGCCAGAUACAUGGUCCUACAAUGUAAUCCUAGCAUAUCAUUGUGAUCAUAACGAAGUCAAUGGUGCUCUUAAGUUGAUCAAAAGAAUGGAUAGACACAAUUGUGUUCCUGAUAGACACACUUACAAUAUGGCUUUGAAGUUGCUGAUAAGAGUGGGAAGAUUUGACAGAGCCAAUGAAGUGUGGGAGAGUAUGGGAGAUAGAGGAUUUUACCCUUCUGUUUCAACUUAUGCUGUCAUGAUUCAUGGCCUCUGCAAGAAAAAAUGGAAGUUAGAAGAAGCGUGCAAGUACUUUGAGAUGAUGAUUGACGAGGGAAUACCUCCAUAUAUUGCUACUGUGGAGUUGUUGAAGAAUCGGCUUCUGGGGAUAGGCUUAAAGGAUCAGGUCGAGAUACUCGGUGAUAAGAUGAGACGGAGCACUUCUUGCUCCAUACAAGAGCUGGCUAACGCGAUGAGUGGCCGCAAAUAUCAUGAGGUUCAUACCAUGUCGUCUAAGAGUGAAGACACAGAGCUUGAAAGUGACUGAAGAAAGAAGAAAUGAUUUUGGUGGAGGAAGUAAUUGUUUGGUGAGUUGAGUAUUGCCGGUACUGUUCUGUUCUUCAUCUGAAAAAAUGUGUAUAACAUGCAACAAAAUGGUUUUGGGGGCUGCAAGUUUGCAACUGUGCCCAAUCUAAUUGAACUUUCUGACGAUGAAAGUUCCAGAAAGUCCAACAUCGACUAAUUUAGAGAAUGAUCAUGGGUUUAUAAUAAAGGAAUACUCGAAUGAGGCAUUUUGAAAAAGUACACAGCAAUGCCCUGAGAGCUUGUGCCCAAAGUGGACAAUAUCAUACUAUUGUGGAGAGUCCCGUUCGUGUUCGUCUAGCAGAAACUACAAUCAAACGGUGGACCAAAAUCAGGAAAUCACGAGCGCUGUACUUCUGCUGUGAGAUCAAUAUUCUGAGGGCAAAGUUGCUCGACUGUAAAGGAGAGAGGCGAAGGCGAAGCUGCCCGACUGAAAAAAAAAAAAAAAAAAAAAAAACUACCAACUUCUCAUGGUAGGGACUGCCAAUUGCUUUGCUUGGCAGAUGUUUUUUUUUUCCCUUCAAAAUCUAUCUAUGAUAACAAGCAAUUGUAGGAAAUAUAUAUUUUAGUCAUUUCAAUUCAA